AUGUAUGCAAAAGUAUGGAAUCUUUUAUCCUUGUUGUUAUUCUUGUCGUCCUCUAAGUACCGUAAAGGUGGGAGACUUUCUUUUAGCCCCUAUUCGGUGGAUCCUUCUCUAAAGUGUGUGGCUCGCUCUGAUUGGCUGAUUGUAUCAUUGAAAGGUAACGAGUACAAUCCCGAAGAAGACAAAUUGAUAGUAUUGCGGUAUACUUUCAUGAAAGAACGAAAAGCGCUCUCUAAGUACGAUACUGUACCGUCCUUCACCGCCUGGUGCACGGAACCACCUGAUGCACGGUAUCGCGUCAAAACACGAAAAACAAUACAGAUUUCAAAGCGCGAUAAAUCAGUCAAAAUGGGUGCAAUUGAGGAUGCGAUUGAAUAUUUGAAUUUCUUGGAAGAAGACAAACAGAUGAAUUCCACUUUGACUGCAAAAAUGUUUGGUGUUAAUUGUUCAACGCUCUCGAGAAGAUACCGAGGUGUUACGGGCUCAAAAGAGGAGCAAUACAACAAUCAACGAUUACUCAAUAACCAACAGUCUCAAAAGCUUGUACAAUGGAUAGAUAUGCUCUGUGAGCACGGUAUACCACCUACGCCUUCAAUGAUUGCAAAUUUCGCGCAUAAGAUAACCAGUAGAAAGCCCGGAAAGAGCUGGGUUUCUCGCUGGUUAGAAGCAUCCAAAUGCGUUGAUUUCUCGCUAUUCUACGGGCAUUGA